AUUUUGUGUGCUUUUUGCUUGCAGCAGUUGUCGUCGGCAUGGUGAAGAUACUGCAGGCGUAUAACUUUGCCAAGCAGCAGACUUAUGCGCUCAAUGGAGACAUACUGGCGGCCACGCUGAUUGGCAACAAUCGCAUUGCCAUCAGCAGCGCGGAGCAGUUCAUAGAGAUCUAUGACAUAGCAGGCAAGCCCAAGGAGGAGCUUUUGGAGCAGCAGCAGCAGCAGGAAUAUGCAACAGUGCAUGAGGAACAGUCAGCCGGCGAUACUGCAUCGCCCACGCCGGCGAACGAUGAGCGUCUGCCCAAUCGAUACACGCUAGCCACCGUGGGUGAAGUGGUGCAGCUAAUUUACUGCGAGGCGGGCAAGUACUUGCUUACUUUGGAGAAGGAGCAAGCUGGCAGUCCAGUGCAUUCGAAUAGCACCAGCAUUAGUUGCACCUCCAGCAGCAACAGCAACACAGUCUGCUCCGAGGAUGACACCAAAAUGUUUGUGCGCAUCUAUGCCAACUUUUGGAAGUUCGCAGACGCCAAGCUCAACGAGCUGCCUAUUACCAUACGCAUUGCCUCCAUGACCACACCAAAGACACCGCUGGCCGGUAUCGAUGUCAUUGAGCUGCCGCUGCGUAGUCCGCCCGAGCUGGUGCAAUGCUGUCAGACCUCGGGCAACAUUAUAGUGAGCAGUCGCGAUCGCAUCUAUCUCUAUGAGUAUACGCUCUGCGUGCACGAGAAUACGCAGCCGCGUUUCUCCUUCAUCGAUUUUCUGCCCUUCAAGUUCUUUGUGCAGCUGAACUUUGUGCCAUUGCGUCUGUGUCUGGCGGAGAAUGUCAUUGCCUGCCUCAGUCAUCGUUAUUGCGUUGCGUUCAAGGUGGUGGAUGCGCUGGCCAACAAAGGCUGCAGCUACGGCGCAGCAGCGCAGGAUAUCAGCUGCCUGGACAAUGACUACGUAGUCGAUGAGCCCUUGUCGGAGUCGCUUAGCCUGGGCAGCAAGGGCAGCGCGGCGCCUGUUAGCAGCACGCACAGUCAGAGCUGCGAAAGCGACUCGCUGCAGUCCUCCAGCAGCGGCGUCAACAAGCCAGCACUGGCCAAUGGUGCUGGUCUAGCCGGACGCACGCCCUUGGACUUUAAUGUGGCGCGACUGGUCAACAGCGCCAAUGGACGUGAAUUUGAGCCUGAGCUGCGCUCUCAGUGGGAUCAAUGUGAACACGGAGGCAGUCGCUGCGGCAUCGGCGGCGGCGAGGACAACUCUCUGGAGAUUACUAUAGCACCACAGCGUGCUGCGGAUAUCAAAAUCAAACUGAUCAACGAAGCCAAGGCUAUGAAUGUGCGUGGCAUGGCUGCGGGCGGCAGCAAUUCUCUAGAGGAUGCCUCUGUGCAGUACGAUGUGCGCAAGCUGCUGCAGAUUUGCAUGAAGAGCUCGGAGCCGCAGUCGCGCGUGCUGGACAUAUUGCGCUGCAUGGAUCUUAAGGCGAUUUAUCAGCGCUGCGGCGAGCAGCUGGACGAGGAGGAUGAGUACGACAUGGGUAAUCAGCAGGUGCCCAGUGCUGUGACCACCUUCAAGCAUGCAAAUCGUCGCACUCUAAAGUCCGCGCAACAUCAGCGCUGCGUGGGACAUGCGCUGCUCGUGGCCAGCAGCGUCGAUGGUUAUCUCUAUCAGUUCUGCGCCCAGGGCAAAUGGUACAGCGAGAACGAGAAGCCAGUGGCCACUUACAGCUUUACGGCGCCCGUGCUGCAAGUGCAUCUCAAUGACUAUGUGGUGUAUGCAGUCACCUCGGAGUCUGUGGAGACGCAUACCUCACGCAUUGGACACAAGCUGUUUCACAAUCGCUUCGAGUAUCCCAGCAUAGGUGGUCUGUUCCCCGAGGAAUCUUCGCCAGAUGUUAGCGCUGCCAUUGCUGUCAUAGGUCUGGCCGCCUUUAUGCAUGUGCAGUUUGUCUGCGUCAAUCGCGAGCAGCUGGUGCUCAUUACCAAUGCAGCGCUGGAGCAGCACAAGCGUCGCAGCACUGGCGAGGUGGCUGUGGUGACAGUGAAGCGCAACAUAGCCGCGCGGCUGAUAGCGGAAGCGAAGGCCAAGCAUAGUCUGCUUAGAAGCAGCAGCAACUCCGCACCUGCUUCAGUGUUGAACGAAUGGACGCUGUAUAGCUUGGAGGUGCCACAUGUGGAGCACAUUGUUGAGGAUCUCGAGGGCAUAGCAGAGUCCUAUCGCAGCGCUAGCAGCUGCAACUUUUACGAUCUCAUGGAGGAGGCGCAUGUCAUGCUGCGCUUGAGUCUCACGCUGCAGGGCGAACGUCUAAGCGCAGAGCGUGAGCAGCAGCUGCGUCAGAUGUUCACAUUGAAUUGCCGCAAGCUGGCGGAUUUCUCCAUACGCUCCAGCAAGCAGGAGGUUUAUCUGCAGGCCACGGGCUUCUACAAGAUGUGCCAGCUGCAGCUUGUGGAGAUUUAUAACAACUACAUAGCGCAGUUUAUGUGCGGCGAUCAAGCGGCGGACACCACACAGCUGGUGGGACUCAUCUAUACUGUAAAGCUCUUUCUGCUCAGCCUGGGCACAGAUCGCUUAAAGUCCUCGUUUCUGCAUCAGCUGGUGGCGCCUUAUUUUACGCCCCCGCGCGUGUUGCCGCCUGGCUAUAAGCAAGUGCCGCUGUCGCAGGAAUUUCUCAACAUGUUCAUCAAGCAUGCGCCGGCGGAUAUACCACAGAUUAUGCUCAGCUCGCCCGUUGUAGCGGAUGCCAUGGGCAUUGAGCUUAUCAAUUAUUUGAAGUACUUGGAAACGCUGACGCCCGAUGAGCAGCUGCUGCUCGCUGUUACCGCCUGUCGCAUGUCCAACUAUCUGCUGGCCCAGGAGACCAUAGCGAAGUGCUCACGCCGUGCUUUGGCCACAGCGCUCAUCAAGCACAAGAACGUGCUCUUCGAUGACAGCACAGUGCUCUAUCAACGUCGCCAGCAGCAGGCAGCGGAUCAUUCGCAGUCACAGUUUCCAGCACGCAAGCGUCAGCGUCAGGCCAAAGGCAAGAACAAAGCGUCAACACCCACGCCCAAUGCUAUUGUAUCCUUUUCGGAUUUCUGCGAAACGAUUCUGCUAGCCACAGAGCAGGCGGCUCUCAUUGAAGCCAUUAGCGAUGCCUUCAUACAUGCGCUCUGCAUGGAGCACAGCCUAACGUUGGAUGUGGUGCUGCAGCUGUUCCUCAACUACAUUGCCUCGCACAUUGGCCAGAAGGGCUAUCAGUCCUCGCAGAAGGUGUUCAUCAAUAUACUACAAGUCUAUUACUAUGAUCUCUAUGAUGUGAGCUCGUCGCAGCAGGCGGCUGAGGUGCGUUCGCAGACGCCGCCGCAGCUGGAUGAUGACUACGAUGAGGAGUGCAGCAGCUCGCGUGCGCCGUCGAUACACAGCGAGGCGGAUGUGCAGUCCUUGUCGAGCUCUUGCGCCAGCUCUGCGCCAGAUGAGCGCUCAUCAAUAAGCGGGCGCCAGCAGCGCAUUGUAUACGAUCAGCUGCAGGAUCAGCAGGGCUCGCCCUAUCAGAAACGCAGCUCGAAUGCAUCGCUGUCGCAGCUGCAGCCAGACGAUGAUCAGGCGGCCACAAAUCUUAAGGGUCUCAAGAUACUCUUUCGCAUGUAUAUGGGCAGGCUGAAAGGUCUGAGUGAUCUCAUUACAGAUCUGCAGCCAGCGGAUGUGGAGCAGCAAAGUAGUCGUGAGGAUUUUCUUAAUCUACGCAUGGAAUGCAUUGCCUACAUGGUGGGCAUGGCGCCCAAUUACUGCGCCAAGCCGAGUGUGCGCAGCGUCAGCGACGCGCUCAACAACAAGCUCAUCUUUGUGCCCUACAUACCCGACUACAAGCUAGCCGAGGGCGAGGAGUUUGAGCGGCACAUCAAGGCUUACAUCAGACCCAUACCCUGCCUGUUGGAGCGGCCGCAGUACCUAAAUCGCUUGCCGCCCUUCGAGCGUGGCGACUUCAGCUAUCCCAAGAAGGACGAGGGCGAGUUUGAAGUGCGCUUUACCGCUUGGCACAAUGAGCUGCUAACGCUGACACUCAAAAUUCAAAGUCUCUUGGCCGCCAGCAAAAUUGAUCGCGAGAUUAUCUCAGAGUUCUUGGCCUUUAUACAGAAGGCGCCGCAGCUGAUGGGCAUUGAUAGCUUCUUGGUUAUAAUAUUGCCCAAGAAUUUGGCCAUCAACUAUAUGCUGAGCUUCUGUCCGGCCUACUUGUGGCAAUAUGGCAAGUCCUGUGGCUUUACACCAAAGCAUUGGGAGUCCUUGCUGCGCAAGAUACUGAGUAAACAGGAAACGUUGAAAGAUUGGAAAGCACAUGUGGCAGAAAUCUUAAACAAUCUUGUGGCUGAGCUGAGCUUCGAGGAGCUGCUGCAAUGCUUUCCCAGCGAAGUUAUACAGAACCGCAACACAGCGCAAUACUUUGCCAAGGAAUUUGCCGACACCUGCGUGCUGUAUGAGCAUGAGCAGCUGGUGUUCAAGACGCCAGAGCAGCCGGCGGGUGGACGCGCACACUUGCCCAUGGACAACAUCGACGAGGAUAAUGUGUUCGAGCUAACUCUACGUAAGGCGGUGGCCAAGCAGCGCAGCAUUGCGCUGCGCUCUAUGAUCGAGUCGACGGGCACGCAGCUGUUUGAUGCCACCAGCAAUCCUAUGUAUAAUCUCUGAGCUGUGUGGGUACAGAAUUGAAUUUAAAAAACAAAAACGUUAUCACUUUGCAAAUGGAUAAGAUUGAUAUUAACUAGACAUGUAGAGUUACACGUAUAUACAUACACAUAUAUCAAGUUUAUAUAUAGCACUUUGUAAUAACUCAACUAAGAAUGCGACUAGGCAUUAUUUAUAUUGUUUUUGUUUGAGCAACAAGCGCAACACUACUGUAUCGGUCGGUAUUAAUUAUAAUUAUAGUCGUGCUAGCUAAAUGAUUUAUGUUAAUAAUCACUGUCGAACAUUUAUGGGUUGUACCUUAUAAUAUGCAAUGCAGUAUUCGCUAGUAGCAAGCCAUAUUAAACCAGUUAAGAGUCUGUCGUAAUGCUUUAUGUUAUCACUAAGUUAUAUUUUAUUAUAAUUAGCUUAAACUCCUCUCUCUCUGACUAUCUCAACACACACACACAUAC